ACCUAAGUCGAUACAUGGAGAGAACACAGACCGACCGUGCGGAGGAGACACCGGAGCUCGACAAACAGGAAUCAGGAUGGUGUAUACCACGGCUCUGCUCUUUGGACACGGAGUGCCCGUCUUGCCGGAGGAAGAAAGUGUGGUGGAGAUGAUCGGGAGGUAUUUCUCCCAGCUCACAUCCCCGGGCCCGAAGGCUACUUCAGGCCGCCGGGGGAGCGUCGAAAGCUGCGAUGAGAGAGAAAACAACUCGCCUGUUGCCAACUGGGAAGCUGGUUUGGAGCAUGAGGAGCGGCUCCUUCAGCAGGACGUGACCCGGCAGAUGGAGCGCUGUCUGACGGAGGCGAAAGCUUCCGCCCUCCACUGCCAGGUGCUGCUGCUGCCUCGCCAGAUGACCGCCAGGGUGGGCCAAGACGUGGUACGGUCCUCCGCUGAUGAGCCCUGUGGGCUCCGGGGAGCCUCCAUCAAGGUCUACGUGGAGCGCAAAGAUGGCCUGAAGUCUGUGGGGAGCAUCCUUCCAGACCCAAGCGUCACCCCGACAUUUGAACUGUCUGUGAUCUUUAAGGCAGACAAGAAGGACGGCUGGCCGCCGCUCAUGCACUUCUUUGAUACCAACAAAGUGUUGAAGCUGAGACCAGACUACCGGCUGGUGAAGAGGAAGCUCUACUCCUCUGCCAGCCCUGUCAUUCGUGAUUUCAACUAGGGAUGAAGUUGAAAAUGUAAAGCUCUGUUUCACUGUUUACCUCUUUUUGUGUGUGUGAAUGUUACUUCCAACUUUAUCUUAAAUAUACAGACUACAUGCACAAGGUUUGGCCUGGACUGCACUGGAAAAUGCUGGAGUUUCCAGAUGUUAUAUUUUAGCUCUGAGGAAGUGGCUUGUCCUCUUUCACACAUGAAUGUCUAACUUGGAGCCGGAGGUCAAACUGCCUGUUUUCCUACGCCAGCGUGACCACAGUAUUUUGCACAGAAUGGUUGAUUGUUAAAAGUGUACACUGUAAACAUAAAAACUUCCUUCCAGGAAUGGGCAGGUCUCAUUCCUGAAGUGUGCUGUACUUUUGUUAUUUAUAAAGUUGUAAAAUAAAUUUUUUAAAGGAC